AUGCUGUCAAUGUGGCGACAUGUUAUCCCAUCGGGUGCGGACUCACUUCAUUUUGCCAUUCUCCAGUAUUUUUCCAAACAUUGUUGUUUUUCAAUUUUUCUAUUGGAUGAAGCUAUCUCGGCAACGAACCUGACUGGCAUUCUCCGCACCUUGGCAAAAAUGGCGAGAGUCCGCAUCCGAUGGGAUUUCUAUCCAGCUUUGGCUUAGUAAU